AUGAAACAAAACGCAAUUUGUCCAGAACACAGUUUAACAAUGUCGGUAUUGGUCAUCAUCUUCUCUGCUACUUUACUGGCUUUUGCGGGGACAACAGUGGCGCAAGGUCAACAGCAGAGAUUUUUUUCGCCUUCGUCCAAUAAUGGAAAUUUUGCUUUACCUCGAGUUCAAUUUCAGGAAGAUACAAAUAGUGCUGACCUGAAUUUUCCUCAACGUAGACUAGCUUCUGCUGACCCUUUACCACUACCUAAUCCUAGUUCAUCGAGUUUUUUUUCAUCUCAACAACAGCUUCCAACAGGAACAUUUACAAAUUCUGGACCAUUUUCACGACCACCGAAUGUCCAACCAUUUAUUUUAAAUGGACAGCAAACACAGUUUCAACCACUUCGAAACCCUGGUUCUUUAAGCUUUGUUGAUGCUGUUUCUCCACCGUCAUUCUUUCAACAAGCCCCACAGCGUCCUCUACCACCAUCACAACAACAACAACAACCACAAACACAACAGCAGUUUAAUUUUUUUCCAAGUAGCUCUCAACAACAACGAUUUCGACCAACUUUACAACAGCAACGCACGGAACAACCAGAUUCCACAGAUAAUUUUGAUGAACGUCAAAAUGCACAGCCCACGUUAAUAUUACAACAACCAAGAAGCCAAGAGAGUUUUAAUAGUGAUUCUCCUCGUCGUCCUUUGUCUCAAACUAACGGAGUUAUACCAGUUUCUAGAAAUCCUCCACCAACAGGAUCCAUUAGAUGGUGGAACCCUACAACGGCUGACGCAGAAUCAGUGGCUGUAAGCGAUGACGAUAUAGCAGAUGGAAUUAACACAAACGACGAUACAGUUGAAUUAGUCCAUCAAAGACAAAACCAGCCACCAAAACGUGGACGUGGUCAACCACAACUGGCUAAGCGAAGACCCAUAACUACAACAGAGCCAUCUUCAACUAUUAACCUAGAAGAACAACAAGAACCAGCCGCCAUUGGGUUUACUGUGGUACAUGAUGAGAAUGAUGAUCGAGCAUCGUGGUCUCAACCAAUAAUUACUACACAUAGGCCACAACCUGGACCCGCUGCUUUUCGAAAUAGAAACCAACCUGCAGUAGUUUCAGGUUCAGUGAUAAAUCGUCGGCCUACCACAUUUAGUCCAUUAUCUGUUGUAGCAUCUUCUUCCACCACAAUACGAUCUGCACCCCAGCAACCUUCAGCAUUAUCUGGAACAGUUAAUAGACAGCAACCAACUACUGUAAGAAGUAGAAAAUCGUCCUUGUUUUCUACAACUACUACUACAAUGAAUACUUUAGAUUAUGAACAAGAAGAGGAAGACGAAGAAGAACAAACUGUGGAAGAGAAACGUCAGUUUCAACCACGAAAAUCUACAACAACACAACCCCCUCCAGUUCCAAUAACUACAUUGAGAACAGCCCUGAGACCAAGAAUUAAUUCUCUAACGACUUUGAUUCCACAACAACAACAACGAAUGAAAAAAAUUGUGAACAACCCAGCAAUAAUUCAAAGUAUAACCACUAGAAAACCAACAACAACAAGUACUACUACAAUGGCCCCCACAACAACUACAGAACAACAAAUAGUAGACGAAUAUGAAGAAUAUGAAGAUAUAGAACACACAACAACAUCGUAUACAACAACUGAAUUACCAUUAAAUAAAAAGCAUACUAAAUUUCCAUUGGUAAAUCAAUCGUCCACGGUAACAAUAAAUCAAAAAAAUAAUAAUAGUGUAAUAGCAACUACUGAAAGUUGGGUUGUAGUCGCAAGUGUACAAACUAGUAGAUCAGUCUCAUCAUCGUCGUCAAUGGUAGGAGGUGGAACAAAUAAGAACAAUUCUGUGCAAGAGUCAACUACGUCGACAGCACCUACUCCUACAACUAAACAUAGAUUUAAUAAUAAACCUGUAAUAACAACUACCAGUACAACGACAGUAGAAAGUAUUAUUGAUAAAUUAGAUAGAGUUCAAUCGGAACUUUCAAAUGGUAUAUUGUAUGGUAGCUCUUCCAAUACAAAUAAUGGUAGCCGUAUUUUGACAGAUAUGCAGAGUAACGGUAACAAUGAUGAUAAACGAAAUGAUGUAAUUAUAUCAUCGUUUACAACUCCGACUACUGAAAAAACAACUAAGACUAUAACAAGCACAAUGACCCCAACUACUACAAGUACCACUAUCACUUCCAGUUCUCCUAGCACUACCAUGUCUACUAGCACAACUGUGUCGUCUAGUACUACUAGUGUUCCCAGUACUACCAAUUAUAUUAGUACCACUACAAAAUCUGAAAAAGAAGAAGAAGACGAAAACGAGGAUAAAGAAGAAGAAGAAAAAGAUAAAGAAGAAGAAUCUGACGAUUCUGAUAAAGAAACCACAUUUGUACGAAAAUUCGUACCUUCUAAACAGAGAACUUCUACCGUUUCUUCUAUUACUUCAACUAGCACAGUCAAACCUUCAAUUCAAAUCGGAAAGAAAAAGAGUUUAAUAGAUUCUGUUAAAUUUGAUGAUUUAUUAGGUAGUGGAUUACUUCCAGCUGGAUUUAACCCGAAGCCACCUCCAGCAUACAAAUCUAAGAUUAUUUCAACCACAACUACAACUGAAAUACCUUCUCCAGUUACUAAUAACAUUAGUAGCCCUCAGCCAAAAAAUAGUAGUAGUAGUAGUAUUUCUACUAAUACUACACCCAGUACAACUACUACAAAAGCAAAAUCAUCAGGUUUGAAUAUUAAAUUUGUUGAUGAUUCGUCAGCAUUAGCUUCGCUAUUACCACCAGGAUUUAAAUUAGAAGAUGCUAUUAAACCUGUUGAAAUCUUGUCACCUUCUUUACUACCACCAGGAUUCAAACUCCCAACUGAAAAUGUUGAAACCUCUAAUAAAAAUAAAGAACAAGAAUCGAUUGUGACAACAGUUGUCCCAACGACUAACGUCCCAUUAACUACUUCAACGACAACAAUCACUAGCAGUACAUCAGGAAUAGUUUUUCCCAAUAGUGGAAAAGGCACAAAUAGCUCUGGAACCAGGAAACCAUUGCCUUCUAGUAAAAAAAUGCAAGCUGCAGUUACUGUAGCACCCACUAUUCAAAAGGGAUGGCCAGUUAGGGUUGUAACUGAGUUUACAGGCUGGUCUACUCCAUCAACAACGCCAUUAUCUAUCGAAAAAUUGUUGCUACAAUCUAAAGCAGCUGAAUUGGCAGCUAUGACAUCUACUUUAGAGCCAACCACUAGCACUACAACGACUACAACUACUACCACAACUACUAUGAAACCACCUCCAACUACAACACCCGGCCAGUGUUCUGAAAGUGAUUCAGUAUGUGAACUCGUUGGUACAGUGAGAAUAGUGGGUUCUGGAUCAGAGAAAUGGGUACCCGAGUUAUUAGACCACAAUACUGCAGAAUGGAGGUUAUUAGCUAGUGAAAUUGAAACUCAGCUGGAUAAAGUAUACAGUAAAUCACCAGCAUUGAGCAAAUGGUAUAAGACAAUAACCAUCGAUUCAUUCAGUCCUGGAAGUAAUGCAAUCAGUGAUGGAAAAUCUGAUAAAAAUGCUGGGGUUCUUGUUGAUUUCUUCGUACAGCUUAAUCAACUUGGACGUACAGUCAGUACCGCUGACAUUCGACGUCUAUUUCACGAAACAUUACAAAAAGAAGGAAAUCUAGGAUCGUCAGCACAACCAUUACAAUACGGAAAUGGUGGUGACUAUGAAGGACUUUAUUUAAAAUUAGGAAGGUUUACUGUUGACCCAGCUCGUACAGAUUUUAUAGUAUUGCCUAAACCCACCAGAACUGUGACAGCAACCGCUGGAACUGAUGACGCGUGGUUACCACAAUGGGCUGUAGCUGUCAUGGUUAUUGGCCUGGCUUCAUUACUUUUCGUAUUAAUAUUUGGCAUAACAGUGCUCGUAAGUCGUAAUAAAAACAAUAAAAAAGUACCUCCACCAACCCUGCAAGCGUCAAUGAUUUCUGAUGACCAAAAUCAACAUAUUUAUGGCACGGGUAAAAAUGGUCCAACUACUGGAAGUCGUCAUAUGAUGCAUCAUCCACCAUCCCAUUCCAAUUCUAACUAUAACAUCAGUUCAUAUGGUUACGAUAAUUAUGCAAUUGAUGAUGACAUGAUGAUGUUAGAUGAAGAUGAUUUAGAAGACGUGGAUCGUUUGUAUGAUAUGGAUGCGGUUUGGUCCGACCAUGACCAUGAAAAAGUCAAAGUUCCACCUAAUAUUGCAGGGAAAAAGCAUCGAGAUACACAACAUGGUGGUCACUAUGAUAGUUGGCGGUCAACGGCAUUGGCGCCUCAGACAUUAACACCAGUUCAAACUGGAUAUUAUACUGGUGGUAGCGGUUAUGGUUACGGUACAGAUCCAAAUGGUUACGGAGCUGAGAGAAGACAUUAUCAUCGAGAAGCCACAUCAACUUCAAACCCACGAUCGCAUCAUCAUUAUCCAAGCUCUCAUCAUAAUCCCAACCCUUCUUAUACUACUGGACCGAGGAAACCACCUCAGCAGUAUCACCCCGACUACGACACCGAUUUUUAA